ACCGGAGGAGGCACCAGAAUCUGACAACCUCACCUCUGGACAAGACCUGCCCACCCUCCACUCCUGACACCAUGACCCACUCGUGCUGCUCCUCUUGCUGCCAGCCUACGUGCUGCAGGACCACCUGCUGCCGGACCACCUGCUGCCAGCCCACAUGCUGUGGAUCCAGCGGCUGUGGGUCCAGCUGCUGCCAGCCUUGCUGCUGCCCAACUUGUUGUCACACCACCUGCUGCAGGACCACCUGCUGCCGGACCACCUGCUGCCAGCCCUGCUGCUGUGGGUCCAGCGGCUGUGGACACAACUGCGGUGGGUCUAGCGGCUGUGGGUCGAGCUGCUGCCAGCCUUGCUGCCGCCCAACUUGCUGUCACACCACCUGCUGCCGGACCACCUGCUGCCAGCCCAGCUGUUGUGGGUCCAGCGGCUGUGGGUCCAGCGGCUGUGGACAAAACUGCUGUGGGUCCCACUGCUGCCAGCCAGUUUGCUGUACCCCCGUGUACUGCACGAGAACCUGCUACCACCCCACCUGCUGCUGCCUGCCUGGGUGCCUAGCCCAGGGCUCUGGAUCCUGCUGCCAGCCUUCCUGCUGCUGAUUGCCUCGCCAUGAACCACCAUGUGACUUGCCACUUGGGAACUGGUCACUGCCAAGCGUUGUGGAAAGCCAGCCCGCAAUCCCCAACAUCUCGGUUAUUCAUCCGCCUGUUUACAAUCUUGUGAAUCACCCUGAUGAAGUGUGGACCGCUUCUCCCUGAUUCGCUUCUUCUUUCCUUCCUCUGGGUCAUGUGCCAGCUUCACCCAUCCUGAUACAGAGUGAGGAUCUCUGUUUGGUCUCCAUAGUCAAGAACUUUAUCCUGUCCCUCUAAAUAUGUUAGCAAAACAACUCCUCAGGAAUGACCUAUAACUCGUGGAAACUACUGAAAGCCCACACGGGUAUGUUUUCUUUCUCGGUGUACUCAAGAAGCUUGUAUGCCUCUUGCUGCCUGUCAUGUUCCCUUUCAAUGUCUCCCUAGACGUGGGGAGUCUCACCUGUAUCUCUUAAUAAAUUCUCUAUCAUUUGGAAUCA